UCCGGCUGGACCUGCACCCCCAGGGGCGCCUGGUUUCCAGAGGCGGCUCGUCGGUGCUGCCCCGCUUGCCCAUGGCUUCGUCUGGCAGCGGCAUGGAGGAGGUGCGCGUUUCAGUGCUGACCCCACUCAAGCUGGUGGGGCUGGUCUGCAUCUUCUUGGCGCUGUGUCUGGAUCUGGGAGCCGUGCUGAGCCCGGCCUGGGUGACGGCCGACCACCAGUCUUACCUGUCCCUCUGGGAGACCUGCACCAAGUCCAGCAACUUGGACUCCUGGGACUGCACCUCUACCUUGAACAGCGAUUGGCAGAUCGCUACACUUGCUAUGCUGUUGGGGGGUGCUGCCAUAAUUCUUAUAGCUUUCUUGGUUGGAUUAAUUUCAAUCUGUGUGGGGUCACGGAGGCGGUUCUACAGACCAGUUGCUGUCAUGCUGUUUGCAGCAGUGGUUCUUCAGGUGUGCAGUCUUGUCCUUUAUCCAAUCAAGUUCAUUGAAACAGUAAACUUGAGAAUAUACCACGAGUUCAACUGGGGCUAUGGCCUAGCUUGGGGUGCAACUAUAUUUUCAUUUGGGGGUGCCAUACUUUAUUGCCUAAACCCUAAGAACUAUGAAGACUACUACUGAAAGCAGCUGCUUAAAUCUAAUAAUAAGAAGAAUAAAACAAGGAUUGUUCUGUCUUUUCUAACUCAGUGUUUUUAGGACUUUU